AUGUCGCUCGACAAGACCCACUACGACGUGGCAAUACUAUCCACGGCGCUGCCACAGGCCAUCCUCUCCGCAGCGCUCUCCUCGGCAGGCCUCUCGGUCAUCCACCUGGACCAGCACGACUACUACGCCGACACCUGGGCCAGCCUCACCCUCUCCGAGCUGCAUCGCUGGGCAAGCCACGAGCAGCCAGGGAUAUCCCAGCUUCAGCUCCGGUAUCCUGCCUAUGCAGAGGCACAGCCGUCGUCAGACACAUCUUCCCCCUCUCCCUCCCGGCCCGCUAUACCCCAGCAGCUGCUUCACCUCGACCGACACUAUGCCCUCUCGCUCGCACCCACCCUUCUGCCGGCGACCGGUCCGUCCAUAGACGCUCUCAUCGCAUCCAACGUAUCCUCCUAUGCCACUUUCCGCCUUCUCGAGCAUACUGCCGUCUAUACGCCCCCGACCUCGGGCGCCAGCUCCAGCUCCAGCUCCAGCUCGACCAGCCGCCUGGCCCGCGUGCCCAGCAGCAAAGAAGACGUCUUCAAGGCGAAAUCGCUCUCGCUCAUCGCAAAGCGCAAGCUCAUGAAGCUCCUCUUGCACAUCGCAUCCGACGACUGGGACGCAGACAUCAAGGACGACGCUGCGCUGGCGGACCGGCCCUUUGUCGAGUACCUCGAACAGCGUCACAGGCUCUCGCCCGACCUCGUCGCUGCAGUCGCGUACGGCGUCUCUCUCUGCUCCUCGCCCCUCGACACCACUCUCGAAGCAUUGCAGAGAGCCAGGGCUCACCUGCAGAGCAUCGGCCGGUAUGGCAACUCGGCCUACCUCGUCGGACAGUACGGCGGGGCGGGAGAGCUGGCGCAGGGCUACUGCAGGGCCUCGGCCGUCAAGGGUGGCAUGUUCAUCCUCGAUCACAAGAUCGAGAGCUUGAAGCGGGUCGAAGAGCCAUCAGAGCAGGCAGCCGGCGAGGGCAGCACGUCUUCGAGAGGCCAAACGUGGCAGGUCCAAGUGGCCGGAAUCGACCAGGGGAUCACGGCCGACGUCGUCGUCUCGAGCGACGAGAUCCUCGACAGCCUCGCCGCACCGCAGGUCUCGCAGGCGGCAGGAGCGGCGCCACCCGCGGCAAGCUUGGACACGAUCCGCGGCGUCCUCGUCUUCGACCGGCCAAUCGACUUCGAGGCGGGAUCGAGAGAGUCGCAGCAAGAGGGCGAGGCCGCCGAAGGUGCGCAGGCAGCGCCGCAGCAGCCGACGCCGCCCGAGACUGGGCUCCUCGUGCUUCCUCCGUCGACCAUUGGCGAGGGCGCGGCGAGCAACCAGAGCACCGUCAUGGUCCUGAUGAUGGGCGAGGGCACCUUCUCGUGUCCCAAGGGGCAAUACGUCUACUACAUUCAAACGCAGGGUGACGGCAGCUCCAAGCUGCCCAAAGAGGUGCUGCAACCCACCGUCGACCUGAUCCUUGACCUCGCCUCGCAGACGCGCUUCCCGCCGGAUGCCAGCGUCGACGGGGGGGCAGGAGUCAAGCCGUUGCUCGAGCUCUUCUACCGCCAGAGCCCAGCCUCGCCGCCGUCGGUCCAGUCGUCUUCGGAGUCGGAUAACGAUGCACCGAUCCGCAUCGCCCUCCCGCCGAACCCUUCCAUCACCUCGCUGACCGAUCAGGCCGUGUCGCAGGCCGAGUUGGCCUACUACGACGUCCUGGCUCAGCUGCAUCGGAGGCGGUGGGGUGUAUCGAAGGACGUGGCCCGAGAGAGGGUGAUGCAGGUGGCGGAGACGAGGAAGGUGAGGCGGAGAGGAGGCAGGAGGAAGAGGGAUCCGGCAGAGUACCAGGGCCGUGGUGGCCGGGGCGAGGACGAUGGGGUUGCGGAACAGGGCGAGGAGAGGGAGCAGGAGGCUGAAGACGACGGUGCAGACGAGGACGAGGAGUAUGGUGUCGUGACGUUCUUUGAGAAGCGGGAGGAGGAGGAUAGGGAUGGAGGGGAAGGUGAGGAUUGA